CCGAGAACCCGACCAAAGCUCGUAGCCGUGACUGUGAACGAAGCAGCUGGGAGAACGAGAAGAUGAGCGAGACGAGACCCGUGCCCCGGAGAGAGAGCCCGUGGGGCACGCCGGAGGGGGACCACCGCCAGCCUAAAGCCCACCGCUGCAACGACCGUGCCGAGGACGUCAUUCAGGCUUGUUUUGAGGGAAAUCCGUUUAAGACUGUCCCAGGACCAUUUAAGCUUUUCUGGCAAUGCAUGCGUUCCAAACCAGGAGAGGAACCGACAGAGCCAUACACCUACUUGCAGUUAGAUCCCCCUAAAAGGGAAGUGAAGCUUGAGUGAAACCUGCGUGGAGACUUCUCGUGACAAAUUCAGAUUCAGUUCUCUCAUAUAAACGCAGUCUUGUUUGCAAUCUUUCUGGUUACAACAGACAGUAACUUUCAGUAAUUCUUCAUGGAUUUUCCUUUUAUGGUAUCAAUAAGAGUUCAUAGAUAAAGUAAAACGAGCAAGAGGAAAAGAGCUUUGUGUCGUUCCCAAGUUGAGAGUGGUUUAUACCCUUCUGAGUUUUGUUCA